CUCUCUGCUGCAGCCCCAGGCUCCUCCGCCCUGGCUGUCCAGAGCCCCUUCCCACCAUUUAAUGAUACUCUGCACAUAGUGCUGUUGAAAAUUUGUGGCUAGACAUUCCUGUGGGACCGGGAAGCCAAAUUCUUGGGUACAAACCGAAACUUUCUUUCCUUGGAGAUUUUCUUCCCUCUCGCCCACAGAUACUCUCGCGUUCUUUCCUUUUUUUUUUCUUCUUUUUUUUUCUUUUUCGUAGCAGCAGGGGGAGAAAAAAGAAACCAAACCAAAAAACAAACGAAAAGCAACACCUCCCCCCUUUUAUUUUCAAAAGCAGCUUGAAAAAAAUAUAUAACAAAACAGCAGCCAACCAAGUGAGUCCGAACCCAACCCCCUGAGGCCGAGUCCUUGCCUCUGUCAGCUUGGGGUAUGGCCUCCAACAGUAUCUUCGACUCCUUCCCCAACUACACACCGACCUUCAUCCGAGACCCGAGCACCAGCCGCCGCUUCACUCCCCCCUCCACGGCCUUCCCCUGCGGCGGCGGCAAGAUGGGCGAGAACAGCGGCGCGCUGAGCGCGCAGGCUGCCGCGGGCCCCGGCGGCCGCACCCGGCCCGAGGUGCGCUCGAUGGUGGACGUGCUGGCCGACCACGCGGGAGAGCUCGUGCGCACCGACAGCCCCAACUUCCUCUGCUCCGUGCUGCCUUCGCACUGGCGCUGCAAUAAGACCCUGCCGGUCGCCUUCAAGGUGGUGGCACUGGGGGAUGUGCCUGAUGGAACGGUGGUGACGGUGAUGGCGGGCAAUGAUGAGAAUUACUCCGCUGAGCUGCGCAAUGCUUCCGCUGUCAUGAAGAACCAAGUGGCCAGGUUCAACGACCUUCGCUUCGUUGGCCGAAGCGGGCGAGGGAAGAGUUUCACGCUCACAAUCACCGUGUUCACCAACCCUACCCAAGUGGCCACCUACCACCGAGCCAUCAAGGUCACUGUGGAUGGACCCCGGGAACCUCGACGGCACCGGCAGAAGAUAGAAGACCAGACCAAGGCCUUCCCUGACCGCUUCGGAGACCUGCGCAUGCGCGUAACACCCAGCACCCCUAGUCCCCGUGGCUCACUCAGCACCACAAGCCACUUCGGCAGCCAAGCCCAGACCCCAAUCCAAGGCUCAUCAGACCUGAACCCCUUCUCGGACCCCCGCCAGUUUGACCGCUCCUUCCCUACGCUGCAAAGCCUCACCGAGAGCCGCUUCCCGGACCCCAGGAUGCACUACCCGGGCGCCAUGUCUGCCGCCUUCCCCUACAGCGCCACGCCGUCGGGCACCAGCCUGGGCAGCCUGAGCGUGGCGGGCAUGCCGGCCAGCAGCCGCUUCCACCACACCUACCUCCCGCCGCCCUACCCCGGGGCCCCGCAGAGCCAGAGCGGGCCCUUCCAGGCCAACCCCGCGCCCUACCACCUCUUCUACGGCGCCUCCUCCGGCUCCUACCAGUUCUCCAUGGCGGCUGCGGGCGGUGGCGAGCGCUCACCCACCCGCAUGCUGACCUCCUGCCCCAGCGGCGCCUCGGUGUCCGCGGGCAACCUCAUGAACCCCAGCCUGGGCCAGGCUGAUGGCGUGGAGGCCGACGGCAGUCACAGCAACUCGCCCACGGCCCUGAGCACGCCAGGCCGUAUGGACGAGGCCGUGUGGCGGCCCUACUGAGCACCCUGGGGACUCGCGGGCCACCCGAACCCGGCUUUCCUGCUCUAGGCUACAGGAAAAAACAGACUUUAGCCUGGUCCCAGGGGCCAGAGCUGGCGAUGGCUCCCAGAGCUCUGUCCAGCAACAAGUUUGAGCAGAGGCUGUGGGGACCUCCCCCAGGACACUGCCCCAGCCCAGACCCGCCUCUGUUGUCUCCAGUCAUGCCUAGGAUUAUCUCCCAAGCCAGAGGCUACCCCUGCCCAUGAGGGAGGAGGCCUUUGCUUGCCAGAGAAGCUCAGGCUCAGAGAUAUCCAAAUUUCCUCUCCCUCACCUUGACCCUGGAGACCAGCCCUCCCUCUGCAUCCAUACUCAUCAAGUCAACCGGAAACCCCAGCCCCUGAGAUGAUUUCUUCACUGUAGAGAGGGAGGACCCAGGACACACCCACACCUGUCCCAAACUUGACUUCCCCAUUAUCCCAGGCAAGCAGUCCCUGACCAGUUCUAACUUACCCGAAGACACCAGGCCCCAGAGCAGGGCCCUAAAUCAAGGAAGGCCUCAACACCUCCAAGCACAAUCCAUCCUUAAGAGCCAACUUGGUUCUCAGGGGCAGGGGGCCCUGGCAGAAAGUCUAACCAUGGGACGCAUCCCUGCUCAGUAGGCUCACUAGGUCCAGCCAAGCUGUGCCCCAGGCCUCACCAACCAACCCGAAGCCCCACUCCCUACAUGUUUGUACCUAGAAGCAAACAACCUUGAAGCAAAAGAAAGAGUGGCUUCAUCGUGUAUUUCAAAACAAGGUCUGUGAUAGGUGAAGCUCUGUGUAUAUGAAAGCCCGGCCUCUGCUAGUGUGACCUCAGCAGGCUCCUGCCACCCUCAGACCUCACAGAAGGGGACCAGGGCCUCCAGGAGGCCUUGUGGAUGCUCUGUUGAGGUGUGCAAUGGCAGAACAGUGUCCAAGCGAAGGUCAAUGGGAAGGGAGGACUUGGCCUAGGACUUGGGUCAUGGGGACUAUGGGAGAUUGUCGGUGGGAUAGGCUAAGAGCUUUACCAGAGCUGGCCCACAGGUGGUUUUUCAAACUGAGUGAGCCACAUCCUCUGUGGCCUUGGAACUCUCCUCUAGAAAGCUCCUUAGUGAUGGUCUCUGUGGUCCUGCUUGGCCUUCCCCAUUGCCCACACCCACAACAGCUGCAUACGCACUCUGGUAGGCCAGGGAGCCCUGCCAAUCCUGUGCAGACACCUCCUGUUACAGUUUCUUUUGUCCCACCCUUAUGGGGGAAAAUACCAAAACAUUUUCUAUCUCUUGAAAGUAGCUGAGUUAACCUUCCAGCUCCCGCAACUAGGAGGGUCACCUCACCUCUUCUCAGGAAGCAGCUAUAGCCCAUUGCCCUCCUACUGGUCCAUGAUGGAGACUGGCCCAUACUACCAAGGAAGACACCUUUCAGGGUCCUAGUGCCUAGCACUGUCCUGGAGAUGGAAACACACACACACACACACACACACACACACACACACACACACACACUGUUACUCCUCUUUCCCAUCCUUGAUUAACAGUGACAGCUGAGUCUGUUGGUCCUACAGUGAGUACAGGCAGCAGCCUGGGCUGGUAAAAACGGGUCCUUACUCUCAAGGCUGCUUUAAAGUGCUCCUUGGAAGCACUGGCUAGAAAGAAAGCACAAGGAGGCAGAAGGGUUGAUACAAUGUCAUUGUAAGUGUAUGGGCGUGGGUGUGGAGGGGGCGCUGAUCCUUUGUGACAUUGUUACCCUGAAGCAUCCUUCCUGCUGUGAGCAGGCAGGUCUUCCUGAAGCAGACUCAGAGUGGAGGGGGACGGGAGGGCCUGCUUUGCACUAUAGGCUGCUUGGUGUGUUUGUUUUUUAUGCACAACUUGCUUGUACAGUCAACACCCAUCUUGGGUACUAUUUAACUGUAAAAUGAAAAUUGUAUUUGUUACAAUAAUAUAACAUGCCUUGAAGGA